AAGUUUCGAUGAAGUUGACACUAGAGUUGCUUGAUAUUUAAACCAUCCAGCAUAUAUGUCAAUACUUUACUAAUAGUAUGUGGGCCUUGUUCUUCUGAUUUGUCGAUAUGUACUCGUGACUUCGUUGUGUUUACGUAUGCAUCGAUCUGCAGGCGUCUACUCAGCAACUCUGACAAUUCUGCCAUAUUGGCACGAAGUCAUUGGCACAGUCGACUGGAGUUAGCAGCUGAGAUGAUCCACAGUCUGUUCCUGAUUAAUCACUCUGGAGACAUCUUCCUGGAGAAACACUGGAAGAGUGUCAUCAGCCGGAGUGUGUGUGAUUACUUUUUUGAGGCGAAGGAGAAAGCAUUCGACCCGGAGAAUGUGCCCCCUGUCCUGCAGACCCCACACCACUAUCUCAUCUCCAUAUACAGGGAGAAGCUCUUCUUCCUGUCUGUCAUCCAGACUGAAGUCCCUCCACUGUUUGUCAUUGAGUUCCUGCACAGAGUGGCAGAAACAAUUCAGGACUACUUUGGAGAGUGCUCAGAAAGUAUAAUAAAGGAAAAUGUGGUGACGGUGUAUGAGCUGUUGGAGGAGAUGUUGGACAACGGGUUUCCAUUAGCGACAGAGUCCAAUGUCCUUAAGGAGAUGAUCAGGCCUCCCACCAUCCUGCGAUCUGUUGUCAAUACGCUCACAGGAGGCAGCAACGUUGGCGAUAUGUUGCCAACAGGUCAAUUGUCCAAUAUCCCCUGGAGGCGGGCUGGUGUUAAAUACACCAAUAACGAAGCAUAUUUUGAUGUGAUAGAGGAAAUAGAUGUCAUUCUGGACAAAUCAGGUACAACAGUAUUUGCAGAGAUCCAGGGUGUAAUUGAUGCCUGUGUGAAGCUCAGUGGGAUGCCUGACCUGACUCUGUCCUUCAUGAAUCCUAGUCUUCUCGACGACGUGAGUUUCCACCCGUGUGUGCGCUUCAAACGCUGGGAGUCAGAGCGUGUCCUCUCCUUCAUCCCGCCAGACGGAAACUUCACACUCAUGAGCUAUCAUGUCAGCUCUCAAAAUCUUGUGGCCAUUCCAGUGUACGUGAAGCAGAACAUCAGUUUCUUUGACACGGGACCCUCUGGUCGCCUGGACAUCACAAUCGGACCCAAGCAGAACAUGGGGAAGACGGUGGAGGCCUUGAUGGUCACUAUCCACAUGCCUAAAGCUGUGCUCAAUGUCAACCUCACAGCCACACAGGGAAACUACACCUACGACCUCACUACAAAGGUGUUGGUUUGGGACAUUGGGAAACUGAACCCCCAGAAGCUCCCUAACUUGCGAGGCAGUCUGAGUACGCAGGCAGGAGCUCCCAAACCUGAAGAUAACCCCUCAAUCAACAUUGACCUGAAGAUCCAGCAGCUGGCCAUAUCAGGUCUUAAGGUGAAUCGUCUUGACAUGUUCGGAGAGAAGUAUAAACCAUUCAAAGGGGUCAAAUAUGUGACUAAAGCGGGGAAAUUCCAAGUGCGAACCUGAGUGACAAGUGACAGACCCAAAGGUCAACAAUCCAAUGUGCCAAAUAGGGGGAAAGGUUACCGACCCCCUGAGUCAGCUCUUCAAUAAGUCUUACAUAAUUAUGCUCUGGCUUAUUAUUAAUGAACAGUUUUGCAUUGUAACAGUUAUUUAUUGUGUUUGGCAUUACAUAUAUAUCACUGAUGGUAUUUGUAAGGGAAACCUUAAUAAUCAAUGUGACCUUGCUGAAGUGCUAUUAUUUGCUUGUUUCCAUCCAACUUUUUGGAAUAUUUCUGAAUAUCUUAUCUUUCUUUUUUUUUUGUCUAACACCUUCUGAGUGUUGCCUAAGGGGAAUAUUUCUGUUUGAAAAGGGACACUCGCAGGUCACUGCCUUAAUCCUUGCUACUUCACGCACCUACACAAUCUUACUUGCAUAUCUUCCAUGCCUUUUGAAAACCUUUUUACGUAAUAUAAGGUAGCAAGUUUUAUACUUGUAUAUGUUUAUUUUCGAAAAAUUUUAUGUCGUAUCUACUUUCUGAGUAGCUGCGGUGUGUCUUGAGGCAGGUAUUUUUGCACACAUUCACUCUUUAAUGUGGCCUUGUAAUGGUAGGUUAAGGUGCUUUUAUAGCAUACUACAGCGCAAACUGCAUUUUUUUAUGAGGCCUGAGGGAAGGAUAUGUUAAAAGAUAUAUCUUAUAACUAAGGUACAUAGUUUGACUUAGGGACCGUGUACAAUUAUCUACAGGGCCUAGAUACGAGCUAGUGAUUCAGGCAGGUUGUUGGGAGCAGUUGUGUAAUAAAGCACUCUACAAGAUCCUCACAUAAUCUUGAAUGCAACUUCUUUACUCAGCACAGUAUUUGCACAAUCAAUUGUCCACACGGAAAAUACUACUUAAAGCAACUGUCUGAAGUUGAAUCUGUAUUUCAGUGUAUAAGAUGUCCGAUAAAAGCUUUAAAAUGGUG